AAAGAAAGGAUCAGCCGUUUUUUCUUUAAAAGAAAUUUGACAAGGAUUUGUCGAAGAAUCUUCUAAUGUCUACGGUGUCUGCGUCUACGAAGGAUCAACAUUACAAUGUUGGUGCUGCGGAUAUCGGCGGACGUUGAGAUGCACCCCACGCAGUUCUUCAGCGAUUGGACGGUUUCCGCACGAUCAUAACUAGUUUAACGGUCCACGACAGUUAGCUGCCACGAGUCAACGGGUUCGGUUGACUCGGCUGCUGCAUUGUCCCCGAACGACACGGCGAGCGCUUCUCCCGUUGCAGCGUCGACGAGGGAACGCGCGUGUGGAGAGAGAUCGCAUUGAUCCCGUGUCCCCUGUGUUGACCUUUGACACUGGACCGACAAAAGAAAACGCUAAGCGGUCGACGAUCUCCCCUUCAAGUUGCUGUCUUGGAUUAUCGCCAGCCACGAUAUCCUUCGCGGGAUUUUUUAACGUCUCUUUUGUUUCACCUCAUCCGAACAUAAUGUUACCAAGAUUGAUGCUAAUGGUUGCUCUACUCCUUUUAACAAUGGGUGUUAUAUCAUCGAAGGGAUGUGAAUUGGAUCAGAUGCGAUAUGGAUGCCGCAUUUAUAAUGCGCAAUGCAGUUGCGGUUACGGCUGUAAAUCCGAAUACAGAUAUGACAACAAUGACGAUUGCAAAUUAGCGCUAAAAGGAAGACGUAGCGAUAUAUGUUCUCGAUCGAAACCGUGCCUAAAUGAAGGUUCGUGUUCUCAAAUAUCGUCGGAGCCAGGAUUUAAAUGUCGCUGUGAAGGAACCGGAUUUUACGGCACUUACUGUGAGACACCUUGUCCACGACCAAACAGUACACAUUUCCGAGGACAAUUCCCUUACGAGUGUGUCGUGAUCUAACUUGAUUGUUUCCUCUUACUUUCAUCUGAAACUCAAAUUUGUCUUAAUAUGAUACAUACAGGUAAAGAAACGCAUUCCAUAAAACAUAUUUACACAUCUUUGUACAUACAUAAUAAAUAUUGAAACACACAGAU